AUGUUCGGCGGCGCGCUCUGCAACUCGACUGAGCGCCGCGCCGUAGCCCACAUGGCGUUGCGCGGCACGCCCGUGUCUCUGAACGGGCAAGGGCUCGAGAAGCUCGCCGCGGGCGUGCUGCAGAAGGUGUUCCGCUUCGCGGAAAGUGUGCGCAGCGGCGAGACGCGCGGGAUCUCGGGCCGCCGGCUUGUGAACGUGGUCUGCGUCGGAAUCGGCGGCAGCUACCUGGGGCUCGACUUCGUGCGCACGGCGCUCGAGACUUCGAAGGACGGCUGCGCCAGCUGCAGCGGGCUGCGGCUGCGACUGCUCUCGAACGUCGACCCAGUCGACGCGUUCCGCACGCUGCGCGACCUCGACGCGGCCGAGACGCUCGUCGUCGUCAUCAGCAAGACUUUCACGACCGCGGAAACCAUGCUCAACGCAAACGUCGCGAAGGAGUGGCUCGCGCAGCGGCUCGGCGCGGCCGCCGUGCCGCAGCACUUCUGCGCCGUCUCGACUGCCGUCGACAAAUGCGCCGCCUUCGGCAUCCAAGCGGAGCGCGUCUUCGAGUUUUGGGACUGGGUCGGCGGCCGCUACAGCGUGACCUCCGCAGUCGGCGUGCUGCCGCUCGCGCUGUACUUUGGCCCGCCGGUCGUGCAACAGUUCCUCGCUGGCGCGCGCGCGGGGGACGAGGACGUGCUGCGCAACCGCGUCGCGAGUGUCGCGGCGCGGCUCGCGCUGGUCACGGUGUGGAACGCGGUCUACCUUAAGUUCGGCUGUCUCGCAGUGCUGCCAUACGCGCAGUGUCUCGCGCGCUUCCCCGCGCACGUGCAGCAGCUCUCGAUGGAGUCGAACGGGAAACGCGUAACGAAGGACGGCGUGCCGUUCCCGGAUCUUUCGCUCUCCGGCGAGAUCGUCUUUGGCGAGCCGGGCACCAACGGGCAGCACUCGUUUUACCAAAUGAUCCACCAGGGCCGCGUGAUACCGUGCGACUUCAUCGGCUUCUGCAAGUCGCAGACGAAUUUAAAAAUCGCAGGCGAGCGCCUGAGUCUGCACGACGAGCUGAUGAGCAACUUUUUCGCGCAGCCGGACGCGCUGGCCUUCGGAAAGUCCGCCGAGCAGCUUGCCGCGGAAGGCGUCCCGGCGGAGCUCGUUCCACACAAGGUCUUCACUGGCAACCGGCCGAGCCUGAGCCUGCUCUUCCGCGAGGCCGCGAACGCGCACAACGUCGGACUGCUGCUCGCGAUCUACGAACACCGCGUCGCAAUCUACGGCUUUUUGAUGGGCAUGAAUUCGUUCGACCAGUGGGGCGUCGAACUCGGCAAGGUGCUCGCCAAGAACGUCAAGGCUGCGCUGGAAAAGUCGCGGCAACAGCUCUCCAGCUGCUUUCUGCUGCAGAUGGCCGACGACUCGAUCGAGGGCAAAAUCCGCACGAUCGGCCGCGGCUCGUACGGGACCGUGAUCCUCGUCGAGAACAAGGAAACGCACCAGCGCUUCGCGUGCAAGUGGAUCCCGAAGAACAAGUUCCGCGCGGGCCGGCUCGAAAAGUUCCGCACCGAGAUCAAACUGAUGCGCCGCUGCGACCACCCGAACAUCGUCAAAAUUUUCGAGUACUACGAAGACGCGGAGGACUUCUACCUGAUCGAAGAGAGCUGCCCCGGCGGCGAGCUGUUCGACUUUCUGACCGGCCCGCACUACUUCGCGAACGUCGACAGCGGCACGCGCGAAGGCGGCCGCGCGAUCGAAAAGCGCGCCGCCGGCAUCAUGCUGCAGCUGCUCAACGGGAUCAACUACUUGCACCUGCGCGGCAUCGUGCACCGCGACAUCAAGCCCGAGAACAUCCUGCUCGCGGAGCCGAACGACGUCAGCGUGCUGAAGAUCAUCGACUUCGGGCUCAGCAGCAAGAUUUUGCCGGAGGCGGCAAUGAAGGACCAGCUCGGCACGCCGUACUACAUCGCGCCCGAGGUGCUCGCGCGCAACUACGACUUCAAGUGCGACAUCUGGUCGCUCGGCGUGGUGCUCUACAUUUUGAUCUGCGGCAAGGCGCCGUUCAACGGGCCCACCGACGAAGCCGUGAUUCAAAAAGUGCGCGAAAAGAAGUACGCAAUGAACGACGCGGUCUGGGCGCACGUCUCGCCGGAGUGCAAAGACUUGAUUGCGCACAUGAUCGUCUCGCCGGCCGAGCAGCGCUACACAGCCGCCGAGUGUCUGCAGCACCCGUGCUAG